CAGUGCCGUGCCUUUCCAGAUUUUGUAGCAUUGAUAAGACGGAGGUUCAUCUCGGACACUAUCUGUGAUUCUGCUGAUAUCACUGGACUUGACCUUUAACAUCGUAACCCACAUUUUGAAGUUGAUAUUGCGACCAUGGCCCCAAUCGCCCUAGCACCUACACCUGUACCAAGUCAUGAACUUGCCAGCACGUUCCAAGACCAACAUUCUCGCCAGACGCUUCCACAAACAUCGAAAAAGGUUGCCAGAUACCAAGGCUAUGAUCACGUUCAUUGGUGGGUUGGAAACGCGAAGCAGGCGGCUGCUUAUUACAUCUCCCAGAUGGGGUUCGAAAAGAUCGCCUACCGUGGACUCGAGACAGGUUCCAGAGUUGUUGCCUCACACGUGGUGCGCAAUGGAGACGUAACCUUCGUUCUCACUUCGCCGUUACAAAGCUCAGAUGCAACCAAUGCCUCGCUGUCUGAAGAAGAACGACAAACGCUCAAGGAGAUGCAGGACCAUAUGAGAGCACACGGUGACGCGGUACGCGACGUAGCUUUCGAGGUCGACGAUGUGGCCGCGGUGUAUGAUGCCGCCGUAUCGAAGGGAGCACAUUCGGUGCAUCCACUGAAGACCAUAGGUGACGAGAAUGGUUCAGUGACCUAUGCUCAAAUCCGGACCUAUGGAGACACCAUUCACACCUUGGUCGAACGCCAUCAGUAUCAAGGCCCAUUCCUUCCCGGCUACCGAGCAGUCAGCGAGGUUUCUAGGGCAUCCAAAUACUUACCAGAUGUCAAUCUGAUGCAUGUGGAUCAUUGUGUAGGCAAUCAAGAUUGGGAUGAAAUGGAGGCUGCUUGUGAAUAUUAUGAGAAAGCUCUUGGCUUCCAUAGAUUCUGGUCGGCCGACGACAAAGACAUCUGUACCGAUUAUUCGGCUUUGAAAUCGAUAGUCAUGGCCAGCCCAGAUGAAAGGAUCAAGAUGCCCAUCAAUGAACCAGCCAAGGGCAAAAAGAAGUCCCAAAUUGAGGAAUAUGUCGACUUUUAUAACGGCGCUGGGGUGCAACAUAUCGCCUUGAGGACAGAAGACAUCAUCACCACGGUGACCAACAUGAGAGAGCGAGGUAUCGAGUUCAUCAGCGUCCCAGAUACCUACUAUGAAGCAAUGUCCAAAAGGCUGAGCUCUGCAGGAAUGAAGUUGAACGAGGAUUUUGCCAGGCUCAAAGAGCUGGGCAUCCUGAUUGAUUUCGAUGAAGGUGGUUAUCUCUUGCAGCUCUUCACGAAGCACUUGAUGGAUAGGCCAACCGUCUUUGUCGAGAUCAUUCAGCGAAAUAACUUCUCUGGCUUCGGAGCAGGAAACUUCAAAGCUUUGUUCGAGGCGAUUGAGAGAGAGCAGAUGGCCAGGGGCAAUCUCUAAUUCUGUUUGACAUCGCAAAACUCCAUUGUCAACUGUGCUGAGAGCGUUUUCCAAGGUCAGUUGUUUAGGCUAGCGAAUGACAUUUCCUGCUAAAGCUGUGUGUGAACCGCCUUCAGAGUUUAAGGGCCAAUAUAUCGGAAGGCGUAAUUUGUAACGAGGCACAUGCCUCUAAAUAUGUAGGAGAAGAGAUAAGAAGAGAUUUGACGGGAGAGUGUUGACAUGACAUGGGAAAAAGAAAGGGAAAUGUAGCUAAGGCUUGAGGCUUGGCUGGUACAGAGUAGGUAGUUACGUACGAGUACGAGAAUGGGCCACCAGCGCCUAAAGUGAUAAUUGAUUAGGGCGCCCAUAGGCCUGUCCACCC